UAGCAUUGACUUUCUAGAGCAGAUAUUAUGAGACGGAUAGCAAAGUUUCGUUCGUUUCGUGUGUAUCGAUUUUUUGAGUGAAGUGAACGUAGUGUUCAUGUCCUUUAGUUUAGUGACGUUUGUUAGAAAAAUAUCUGUGAAUGGGAUUGUGUAACAAGAUAAAACGUUUAUUUGGUGUGUGAUUUUCUGUAAAGGAUGACGAAGGACAGGUUAGCGGCGCUCCAGGCGGCGCAAAGCGACGAUGACGACGUCGGGCCAGACGAUGUCAACGUCGCCAUUGAAGGCGGCUUCAUGGACGAAUUCUUCAGUGAGGUGGAAGAGAUACGAGAGAUGAUAGAUAAGAUUCAGGCCAAUGUCGAAGAAGUGAAGAAGAAGCACAGUGCCAUCUUAUCAGCACCGCAAUCAGAUGAAAAAACAAAGCACGAAUUAGAAGAUCUCAUGGCGGAUGUCAAGAAGACUGCUAACAAAGUUAGAGGCAAAUUAAAACACAUAGAGCAGAACAUCGAACAGGAGGAGCACUCUAACAAAUCGUCGGCUGAUCUCAGGAUAAGAAAGACGCAGCACUCGACGUUGUCGCGCAAGUUCGUCGAGGUGAUGACCGAGUACAACCGGACGCAGACCGACUACAGGGAUCGGUGCAAGUAUAGGAUACAGCGGCAACUCGAGAUCACCGGCCGGGCCACCACCGAUGAUGAGCUCGAGGAAAUGUUGGAGCAAGGGAACUCUGCCGUCUUCACUCAAGGGAUAAUAAUGGAGACGCAGCAGGCGAAGCAGACAUUGGCCGACAUCGAGGCUCGCCACGCCGACAUCAUAAAGCUCGAGACCUCCAUCCGCGAGCUGCACGACAUGUUCAUGGACAUGGCGAUGCUCGUCGAAAGCCAGGGUGAGAUGAUCGACCGCAUUGAGUAUCAUGUAGAACACGCUGUGGACUAUGUCCAAACUGCCACACAAGACACAAAGAAGGCCCUAAAAUAUCAGAGCAAAGCUCGACGGAAAAAAAUCUUCAUAAUAAUUUGCCUGAUUGUUACGCUGAUUGUAUUAAUAAUAGCACUCUCUCUGUGGCUGGGACUAAGAUAAAGGAAGAUGUUCAACAGAGGAUAUAGCAACUCAGUUGUUUGAACGCGACUAACAACAUUUAACAUUCGUCUGCAGUUAAACAACUAAUAUGCCCAUGAUAACUAAUAUGCUGAGUAUAAAGAGCAGGAAAAAACGCAGAAGUGGUAAAAAAGGGACGGUGAAAUGGAUUCAUCUUUUUCGAAAUGGAAUCAUGUCGUAACCCUUAAGGGGUUUGACCGUGGAAAUCAAACUGCGAAGCUUGUGAUUUCUCGUAGCAAUUUCACAUCUAUUAAACGUUAAUUUCUAACUGAUUUUAAACUUUCGCGUUGAAUUAUAUUAUUUAUGAAUAAUUCAACUUAUACAUACUAUUUGUAUAGUUUUAAUUGCCAUACAUAUUUAGAAACAUUUAAACAUCCUAUUUCAAUAAAAAAAUUACUAAAGGCCAACAUAUGGGCUAUUCUAUUGCGCAAGAUAAAUAUUAUGCAAGUCACCUUGCGUAGAUGAAUAAUAAAAGAUAAUAAGAAUGUGGAUCCACUUGCUUCUGAAUUAAUUAUAACCACACUAAUUUAUCGUACAAUACAUAGGUAUCAAAUACGCUUAUCAUUUAUUCACUGUAUAUGCUGAAAACUAUUAACACUUUUAAGACAUGUUCAAUUUGCUUUGAAUUCCUAACAUCUCGUCAUAAACAAGUGUUUGAGAUACACUUUAUUUAUUAUGUUUAUCAUUUGCAAAAACUGAUGAUGAUAUUUGCCUUUUGAUUUGAUAAGAAUUUAAGCAUUGUAUAAACUGAAAAACAGAAGGGUGGACAUAGAAGUGAAUUAUGUGAGUGAUCGAUGACAACUUAUUUAAUGUGUAAAGGAAAGUACUUUAUUGUUGAUUUGCAUUCUUUUGAAAUGCUCUAGUUGUUAGUGCUUUAGUCAGUCGCUUCCUACCACACCCACAUAAAGAAGUUAAGUCUUAUUUUCUGCCUUAAAGGUGUCAUUGGUCUUUUUAAUAUUCAAAAGAUUACAAUGACUACAAUAUUUUUUUUUUCACAUAUUACGGAGUAGACAGAGGUCAUGGCUCUGAAGGUCACGUUUAGCUGGAUAGCUUCAUGAUGGAAGUGAGAUUCAAACAUAGUGACAAUUUACUUGCCCAUCGCCUAAAGAAAGAAUUCAAAUAGUAAGCUAAAAUAUUGUUUAUAAAUUUUAUCGUUGUAUAGAGAAUGUUCGCUCGAGAAAAUAUGGUAUACCAUAGCAUUAGAAAUCGAGACAAUAUGAAAUAUACAGUGCAAUAAGUAGAUUGUGCUUUUAAGAUUUAUAUCUACAAUUAAUUAUUAAUAUUUAGCUUUUUGGUAAUACCUACUUGUAUAUAAUGCACAAAUUUAAAGUAGCUUACUAUGCAUAUUAUUUAUUGUUAUUGUCAACGAUUGUAAAUGUGAAUAUCUUAAUAAUUACUAGAAAAAGUGUUUAGAUAAUACCUAUAUUUUAUUAAUUGCCCAGUUUCGGAAAUAAGAAUUUGAUAUUUUAUUUAAGCAAAACAUAAACCGAGACAAAGUCUCUUUUAACAAAAUAGUUUGUAGGAAAGAUUAAAAAAAUUCAAAUCCGGUCUCCUAUCUAUUUAUUUCUUUUAAUAGAAUUUGAACUGUAUCACUGCACAUACAAAUCGUCCGCAAAGUAUUGCCUAAAUACGGCCACAUUAUAUGUGGCAGAUAUUAUGUAUUCCCGUUAACUUAUUUUAUGUUCUAAAUAUUCCACGUGUUUAAUAUUAGAGUUGGACCAAAUGAUAAGAACAGUGUUUAUUUGGAAUACGUUAUGCUGUGUCCAACCUUUAAACCUUAAAGGAGCACACCAAGAGUAGGUCAAGAAGCAUAAAACAUUAAAAUUUGAACAAGGCCGGCGCUCUAACUGCUCUGCCAACGCGUCGCAGUGUGACGACUUAGAAUAGUUUCUUGUUUUGUCAACUCGGCGCGGGCCUGCUUUUAGCCUGCACAGCUUCUGACCUGCUUAUAGUGUGCUCGGGCUCUAAUAAUUGCUAUAUUUUUAAUCGGCAAAUAUGUGAUAAAUUCUUAUAAUUGAGUUAUUAGGAAUCGUGUAAUCAUUGUUUCAUUUUAUUAAAACUUUAAUAAAUAUUUUAAAUCACCAUUUAAAUUAUUGGAACAAUAAUGGAGUAAAGUAUAGUAUAAAGUUUUCAAGUUUAUAUACUUUUAUAGUAAACAUAGUUAACCGGAAGAUCUACAGCACAGUACAAUUUACUUCUUUAAGUUUUACUGCCUCAGUAUUCAGUUAAUUUAAGUUUGAAAGGCUACAUCGAUAAUCAUUAAAUUAAGCAUUGUGCUGUACUCUUUGCAUUAAUUAAAUUAUAUCUUGUUUGGGUGAUUUGAUGACGACGCAAUAUAAAAAUAAUUAUCCUAUAUGCAGCUUGCUAUUUUUUUAUUCGGUGUAGCCAAUCGUAUUCGUGCUAAAGGUGUAGUUUGGCUAUGAUUUCCUUAAUUUAUUGCAUUGUGCAUGGGCACUUGCGUGCUAAGUUAAUAGACCGCCCAAAUAUAUCUAUAAUUUUAGUCUAAAAUAAAAAAUAUGGCACCAAUGGCAUUAAUGAAUAAUUUGAAAUAACUAAGCCGUGGUAUGGUCUUGCUAGUCUUUAAAUUUGGUCUUACAUUGCUGAUAAUGUUCCACAAAACGAGGGACACGUUAUUUGGCACCAAUGGUGUAGGGCUUAAUAACCCUAUUGCAUUUAAAGUGAGCAUUUUUAUUCCCGUAACUUUUAUUAACAUUAUACAAUAUACAAUCGUUAAAAUUAUUCGGUUCCAAUUCAUUGUAUAUUUCAUGUCACCAACUAUUUUGAUCAAUAUUUUGAUGUAUAUAGCGUGGAAAAGUUAAGUCAAUACUACAUUUCUAAGAUAUGUUCCCUUAGCUUUGCACUUAUUUAUUUAAUUAAAAGACUGUAACGUAUGUGUUAAUGCCAUUCAUUUAUUAAAAUAAUCGCAAUCAAAUGUUCUUUAUAUAAGAUCUAUCUAUUGUUUAGAGUUUAGUUAACCCUUACAACGAAAAAUAGGGGUGUCACACAGUUGAUUUUAUUAUAAAUUCUUACUCAAUUGUAAAUUUGUUUAUAGUUUCGAAAAUUACAUUUAUUUAUUUUAUUUCAA